AUACCGGGCAGAUAUAUUGAUCGACAUCGGACCUUUACACCGGUGUGCUUUGCAUUCUUCUGAUCCACUUGACCAGUUUGCAAAGGAUGGACUUCGCCCGCCGUUUUCUUUUAUUUUGUUAUAAGCCCUGGUUACAAGCUACGGAAUGGUUUGCCUCGUAAGCCAAUAAGAAAUGACGGACAUCUUGGUUGCUAGGUGAGCGAGUGUGAGGAACCCCACAUCAGUAUAAGAAGGACCGGUUGGUAAAAAACAAAUUCAUUGUGGACAUUGGACCUCUGCCCACCUCUCCUCAUACUAUUUGAUAUAAUAAGACACAAAUCUGCCAUCAUGUCUGAACGCAAGGCCGUCAUCAAGAAUGCUGAUAUGUCAGAAGACAUGCAGCAAGACGCUAUCGACUGCGCCAACCAGGCCAUGGAGAAGUUCAACCUCGAGAAGGACAUCGCUGCCCACAUCAAGAAGGAGUUCGACAAGAAGUACAACCCGACAUGGCAUUGCAUCGUCGGCCGCAACUUCGGCAGCUACGUGACACACGAGACCAAGCACUUCAUCUACUUCUAUCUGGGACAAAUCGCCGUGCUUCUCUUCAAGUCUGGAUAAACUCAUUAACUACUUGCUAUAACGAACAAACUGAUCGAUUCAUCUUUCAUUGAUCCAGGUUGUUUUUUAACCGACCUUAACAUCUGCAGAGCACCUUUUACAUAACAAAUGGUGACCGGAUCGGCAGCUCGCAAGAAUCAUCAGCGACGACCUCGAUGUCGCAAGACACUUGUUUCGAACCUCAGUUCGAUGGCGGAGCUUCCAAUCUAUUAUCCAUCUUUCUGGCACGGUUGUCAACGCUGACCACCUUCGGGGAUGACGGCGCACUCCAGUGAAAGCCAUGACCAUGAUGACGAUAAACGCACUCAGAUGACGACGACGAUUUCGACAUCGACGACAGGCAAACGAACAGAACCCACCUGAAUGUUGGUGCUUAGCGCUACACUGGAAAGAGCAGAGAUGUUCACGGUCAUGAUGGUGAAUUACCGAUCGAAGAUGAACUAUGUUUUAUUUUCAAAUAAUAAUUAUUUUAUGUCAACCGAUCUUAAAUGACAAACUUUUUGGCUGACCGAACAAUAUCGUCAAUAUUGUCCGAAAAUUCACACAAUUGGUUCAAUCAGUAUUCUUGAUCUUAUCAUAUGAUGACUUCUAUGCAAUAGAGUUUUUUUAUUUAAAAAAUAUUCUGUAUAUAAUAUUAAACGAACACAGAAACGGAAA